AUGACGGUCCGCAUUCUUCUCUUCGCCCCCCGCAAGCCCGAUAUUACUCCGGCCCAGUUCAAGGACCACUACGAAACUAAACAUGUCCCACUCCUUCAAAAAAUAGCCGGGUCUGACUUCCCAGUCUCCCACAAACGUCUUUAUCUGGCUCGCCAGCCAGUAGAUGGAGGUGUCGACGGCACUCCUCUCUACCCGGCAGUGGUAUUUUUGGGCGAUCAAGCUCAGUUUGACUUUGACGCCAUUGCAGAUGUAUCUUUUGAGGACCAGAAUCACUUCGAGGCAUUCCGAGCCAAGGUCGAAGCACCAGAGGCGGCAAAAAUCAUCGGGGAGGACGAAAAGCGCUUCUUAGAUUGGAAGAAUGUUCGAAUUGUCAUGUCGGAUGAUGCUAUGGAAACUAAGCGGGCCUGA